GUCUCUCUCUUUCCAUUCCUCUGCUAUAACAGAGAAGAAGCCAAAGAGCCAAACCCCUAGAAAUAAAAUGGAAAAUUUAGAGCAUUUAAAUCACCUUUGUUUGAUAAUUAUUUGAUUCCAAAUCAAAAACCCGCUUUUUCAAAAGGAGAUUCAAGUACAGAGGGAAAAAAAGAAAAUGGCCUUCAAGAAUCAAAAAGAUCACUGGGCAUUUCUGGAAGAAAUUGAAGCGCCGAUGUGGGUGGAUCUUACUUCAGAAAUAAAGCUCAAUAGCCAAGACAUUGAUGAUGAAUGGUUUCAAACAAGUCAUUUGUUUCACCAAUGCUCUUCUAGCCAGUUGAAAUCGGCCUUUUUGUGUUCCGAUGAGAAAGGGGUAACCUUAGAGUUGGGCAUGGUUGGCACAGCUUCACCAACACUUCCACAGUCAGUUUCGAGAUCAAGAGGCAAGGACUUCAGGAGCAAGAAAUGGAAGGGAAUUAAACCGAAGCAUAGCUUUAUAAAUUCGAAAGGGAGAUCUAGCUCGAAAACAAGUUUGGUUUCUGAAAUAACUGAGAAUGCCAAAGGAAAAUAUGUCAAACCUGUGUCUACCCGAGGAGAUCAGGAAAGAAGUUCGAGUCCUAUGGCAGAUAACUCGGGAGAAACCAAUACUAGAAGCACAGUUACCUCCGAGAGCAUUCAACCACAGCAUGAGCAGAAGUUGUUUGAGGUAUCAAGUCGAGGUUUCGGUCAAACAAGUGAGCUUUUAACCUCCGUGAGGAUUAGUCUUAGGAAAAGUUGUAUUACAAGACCAGCAUCAAGGGUGGAGAUUAAUUCUGAUAGGAGUCAAAGGGUGGAAUCAAGGGACAGUAAAUCUUCCUCCGGUAAGUCUAGCGUGGGAUCUUCAUAUUCUGGUUAUGAAGCUAAGAGGUCAACCGUUUCAUGGAUAAAGAGGAAAGAACAAACCCCAGAUAGCAGAAAUGCAACACGAAUGACAGAAGCUUCCAAAAACAAAGUGAAACCUUCUAAUAUGCACGAUAAAGCAAACCUUAGAGGUAAGGAAGAGAGCCGAAAUUCUAGGAUAGGCAGAUUAGUAACAGUUACAAAGCAAACUUGGGAGGAAGCCAUAAAAUCAAAGGCUAGUUCUCAGACUCAUCGUUCCAAACUUUCAUUGCUAAACGAAGUCAAUGAACAAAAGUCACUUGCUGGUGCUACAAAAGCUAGAGAGAAGAUGGGAGUUGGCAGCAAAGUGAUAGGUUUUGGGAAAGAAAAUAACACAGGUGAAAUUCAUCUGGGCCAGAAAUGCAAUGGAAAAGGCAAGGCUGCUGAAGGCAUGGUUGCAGGUAGAAAAGGGCCAAACCAGAGUGCAUCUGCAAAGGGUGGUAAAACUCAGACGGUUGCUCCCAAGGGAAGAGUUGGUAAUCAAAGGAGAGGGGGAAAUUCUACUAAUUCGAUUCCGAAGCUCCUAAGGAAUUCAAGAAUCCUUUCCGAAUCUCUCUUUCACUCUAUUGUUUUUCAAACAAGCAUUCAGUUCUCAUUUCUGGAAUCCGAACACAAAUGA